AUGAGUAAUGGAGUAACUAUUAAGCUUGGUGUGAAGCCAAAAGGUGAUAAUCCUGGACCUACUACUUAUAAUGGAAAUGAUUCUGUCGGAAGUAGGCAGAUUCAAGUCACAAGAUAUGAAGAACCUCCUGGAUCUAACUUUUAUAAAUACACCUACGAAAAUGAGAAUAAGAAUGAUAGUCAUGGAGGAAACUUUAUACUAAAGGCGAUCUGGGAUGAUAGUGGCAAACAUAUAGAGAUACCUCUUCCAGACGAUAAAAAGGUAACCUCAGUUGAAGCUUAUUACUGGAAACAUGAAAAUGGUACUAGUCCACCUAAGAAGGUUCUUUUGAUAGGAGUCAGUACUAGUGAUAGAACUAGGUAUUAUAAGAAUGUGAGUGGCGAUCAAUGGGUUGAAAAACGAAUAGAUGCUGAGGCUCUUGAGCAGAUACUAGAUCAACAAAACUGUUAUAGCAACGAUGCCGUCACCUUAGAUCUGACCAAAGAUGCAUAUACGGGAGGAAAGCCUUGUUGCCCUGAGCAUAAAGGUAGUAGUAGUAGUAGUAGCAGGGUCACUAUUCAGAAUGUACCAGUUAAUCAUAAACAUCACGACCAUGUGGGCUCAAACUCUCUUACACUCACAAAAUACUCCAUUACUGGUCAGAAACUUGCAGCUAUCAAGCUUGAAAGUGGAGAUAAAAAGAAUAAAAGGAAGACUAUAACACUUUCAGGACCAAAAUUUCCCAUCUCUGGCCCAAUCAGCAUCUCUGCAUUAUACUCCGAUAAUAGUAGUAAGAAUCCAGUACUUAUAUAUGUCGAGUCAACUGGGAGCCCUGCUGUUAAGGGUUGGUACCAAAAGAAAAGUCCCUCCGGUAGUAAUACAGAUGGAAAUGAAGAGUGGAUAAAAGCACUAAAAGAGCUUGGAUGUACAGGCUUUGAAGCAUGUCUUGGACAGAAUGGAGUUCAACGUGAGGAAGUCCCAGCAGCUGACUUAUCUGACCAGGUUCCUGAUACAGAGUCUGAGAGCAAGAUUCUCCUGCAAGGUACUCCAGUAGCUCAGAUGGCUGAAGAUGCUAUAGAUGCUGAAAGACUAAAACAUCUUGAAGGACAUACUGCUAGUAAUGGAGAAUCUGCUGCCUCAUCUCCCCUAGAUAAAGAUACUCAAGUUGCUCCUGAUGGACAAACUGCUCAACAAAUUCAAGAUCAGGACUCUGCUGAAAAUACUAGUAUCUCUGCAUCUCGUGAGGUAGAAAAGACUGUUGCUGGUUCAUCUCCUGGAGAUCCUAAACAAUCUUAUGUCUCACUUGGCCUGAGUACCAGUACUCAAUCUGUAGAUUAUGGGUGUCAUGGAAGAGGUACUCCUGAUCAAUGGAUCCAAGUCAAAGCUCUUGGUGAAGGUGUUCUAUUUACUUGUGGUCCUAAUGGUAAAGGAAUGGUUGCUAUUUCAUCCCUUUCAUCUCCUGAAGAAACUGAGGAAGAACGAGAAUCACGUUCUGCUGACUCUGACUCUGACUCUUCUAAAGUACAAGGACAAGAGGAGAAGGGUGAAGAAUCUAGUGAGGAGGCAGGGGUUGGAGAGCAAGAAGAACAUCUACCUGAGGAAGAAGACUUAUCUACACGACUAGGUGAAGCUGGAGCUCAAAGAUUACAGCGGAAGCAACAAUCUGAAAAUUCCGAGAAAGAAUCUCAACAAAAUAUACGUACUGAAGACCAAGCUGGUACUCCUGAAUCUAGAGGACCUACUGGUGAAUCUGGUCUUGGUCAACCUAGUAUAGCUCAUCCUGGUGGAGAAGAUGAUCAAGGUACUGGAACUACUGAUUCUAUAAGUGAUACUGCUAGAGGUAGUGAUGAUAGUGGAAUGGGCCUUAUUGUAGGAAGUUUACUUGGCAGAUUACUUGGAGGGCUAGUUGUUGGACUUAGUAAGGUUGAUAAUCAAAAAAUCUCACAAGGCUUGGUAAACCUUGGAAGGGCAGGCUAUGAUUUUACUGCUGAGGUUGGUAAAGAUACUCUAAAAGCAGCUGCUGAACUAAUUGAACCUAGUCCUGUCCCUACUUAUACUCCUUCUCCUAGACCCGCUACUACUCCUCCUACUCCUGGAUCUCCUCAAGCUCCUACUGGUGGUACUGGUAAGCAAGUAGGUAAAUACUGCACAGAAUGCAACUGCAGAAGUGGAGGAAGUGGAAAAUGCCAACCUGAAAAAUGUACAUCUAACAACUGUAAAUGUUGUAAAGAUAGGGGUGGCACUUAUUCAUCUUUUAACACGUUUACUUCACAAGGCUUAAUGAUUAUCUUGGCCUUUACUGGAGACGGUUACCUCAAGACUUAUUCCAAGUAUGAACAUGAUCGGAGUAAAUGGGUCAGUGGAACUCCUGAUACUAAGAAAUUGCACCUUACUUGGGCGGAUCUAAAGAGCCCUCUUGAUAAGGCCGGGGAUGACAAGCUCAACAGACUCCCUGGUAAUGACCUGACCAUGGUCACAACUCCGCUAAGAAUGGCUCCCAUUGGUCGCCCAUUCGCUACGCUCACAUAG